AAUGUGUGAAUCACCGUAAUGUGAUGAUUCUCAUCCUCUCAGGUUUGCAAUGGACUUCGUGCAGGGAAACGACAUUGUGUUCCACCUCAACCUGCGCUUCAAAGAGAAGAUCAUCGUGUGCAACAACCUCAGCUGCGGUUCUUGGUGCUCUGAGGAGCGUCACUGCCUUUGUGCCUUUGAGAAGGACAAAGCCUUCAAGAUCACUGUUACCUGCACCAUGGACGGGUAUGACGUGGACAUCACUGGACAGCAACCCUUCACCUUCCCGCAUCGUGUCCGUGACUUCAGCCUCAUUCAGACCCUGGCGAUCUGGGGGGACGUGACCUUGACCUCUGUGGACGUCGUGUAAAGAUGAUUCGUUCCCAGUCGCAUGACUGCGGUACUCUGACCGAAAUAAUCUGGUCUUGGGAAACUGACCGGUCCUUCUCAGGUACAAUAAAAAUAACCUAAUGAC